AUGACCAGUAAGCACAGGAAAAGAUGCUCCCCAUCAUCAGCUCUCCAGGAAAUGCCCAUCGAAAUUCCAUUGUGGGGAUCCCGCCGGACAAUCAGGCAGCUCCCAUGGAGGCAGCUAGUGGGAGGCACGGUGGUGCCCUGCACUGCCCUGACUAGCAAACAAUACAGGUGGGUGGCUAAAGGUGACCCCAGGAAACCAAAGGGCAAGAUGUCUGCUUAUGCCGUCUUUGUGGAGACUUGCAGAGAAGAACAUAAGAGAAAUCCAGAAGUCCCUGGCAGUUUUGCAGAAUUUUCCAAGAAGUGUUCUGAGAGGUGGAAGACAAUGUCUGGGAAAGAGAAAUCUAAAUUUGAUGAAAUGGCAAAGGCGGAUAAAGUACGCUGUGAUCAGGAAAUGAAGGAUUAUGGACCAGCUAAGGGAGGCAAGAAGAAAAAGGACCUUAAUGCCCCCCAAAGAUCACCACCUGUAUUUUUCCUAUUCUGUUCAGAAUUCAGGCCCAAGAUCAAAUCCAUACAUCCUGGUAUCUCCAUUGGAGAUACCAAUGUGGCAAAAAAGCUGGGUGAGAUGUGGAAUAACUUAAGUGACAGCAAAAAGCAGCCAUACAUCACUCAGGCCACAAAGCUGAAGGAGAAAUACGAGAAGGAUGUUGCUGACUGUAAGUCUAAAGGAAAGUUUGAAGGUACUAAGGGUCCUGCUAAAGUUGCCCAGAAAAAGGUAGAGGAGGAAGACAAAGAGGAGGAGGAGGGCGAAUAA